CUGCACCUGCCACGGGGCCUUUUGUUGAUCCUGACGGGCCGGUGAAGCUGUUUUUCCUCUCCCCGGCGUGAUGUCAAGCAGGGGGCGUGUGCUGCCAGCCGCCAGCGAGGCAGGUAGAUAAAGGAUUAGAGCGAAACAGGAAUCCCCAGUUUUUCCGUCAAGCCAGCAGAGACGGAGCGUCUCCCCACCUCUGGGGCCAGAUAAUGCCAUGGACCUGGCAGCGCUGCGGAACGACCUGCCCACCACCUUGGACAACCUGUACCAGGGCCACCUGGAGCAGGACCGACCCCAGAGCCUGCCCAAUGGCCAUGCCUUCCCCACCGGCGAGCGGGACAAGGCCGGGCUGCUGGCCGGCGGCGACAUCAAGCGCUCACAGCCACUGGUCAUCCAAGUCAACAGGAAGCUGAAGGAGGAGGAGCCGCGAGCCUCGUCGCUGCCGUCCAUCCCCAACCCCUUCCCCGAGCUCUGCAGCCCCUCCAAGUCGCCCAUCCUCAGCAGCCCCUCGGCAGGGCAAGGCCCGCAGCAUGAAAGCGGCCCCCACGUGGUAAAGGUCUUCAGCGAAGAUGGCACCUGCCGCUCGCUGGAGGUCACGGCAGGCGCCACGGCCCGCCACGUCUGCGAGAUGCUGGUGCAAAAGACUCACGCCCUCCACGAUGAAAGCUGGUCCUUGGUGGAGCGCCAUCAGCACUUGGCUCUAGAGCGGUGCCUGGAAGACCAUGAGUCGGUGGUGGAGGUCCAGGCCACCUGGCCCAUUGGGGGAGACAGCAGAUUUGUCUUCCGGAAGAACUUUGCCAAGUACGAGCUGUUUAAAAGCUCACCGCAGUCCCUGUUCCCCGAGGUGAUGGUCUCCAGCUGCUUGGAUGCCAACAAGGGCAUGUCCCACUCGGAGCUCAUCCAGAACUUCCUCAAUUCCGGCAGCUGCCCAGAGAUCCAGGGCUUCCUGCACCUGAAGGAGGUUGGGCGCAAGGUCUGGAAGAGGUUUUACUUCUCCCUCCGCCGCUCAGGGCUUUACUACUCCACAAAGGGCACAUCUAAGGACCCACGGCACCUACAGUAUUUUGCUGACCUCAACGAGUCCAAUGUCUACUUCAUCACACAAGGGAAAAAGUACUAUGGCACGCCCACCGAGUUCAGCUUCUGCAUCAAGCCCUACAAGGUGCGCAGCGGCAUGAAGGGCCUCAAGCUGUUCUGCAGCGAGGACGAGCAGAGCCGCACCUGCUGGAUGGCCGCCUUCCGCCUCUUUAAGUAUGGCGUGCAGCUCUACAGGAACUACCAGCAGUCCCAGUCCAGACGCAGCCACCAGUCUUGGAUCAGCACCACGCCCCUGAGGAGCAUGUCUGACAACACCUUGGUGGCCAUGGAUUUCUCGGGGUGCACGGGCCGGGUGAUUGAGAACCCCAACGAGGCGCUGACGGUGGCCCUGGAAGAGGCUCAGUCGUGGAGGAAGAAGACGAGUCACCGCUACAGCCUGCCAACUCCCUGCCAGGGCUCCCCGCUCAGCACAGCCAUCCAUCGAACGCAGCCAUGGUUUCACGGGCGGAUCUCAAGGGAAGACACACAGCGAUUGAUAAUCCAGCAGGGAUUAGUGGAUGGGGUGUUUUUGGUGCGGGAAAGCCAGCGGAACCCCAAGGGGUACGUCCUGUCCUUGUGCCACCUACAGAAAGUCAAGCACUAUCUCAUCCUGCCAAGCGAGGAAGAGGGGCAGCUUUACUUCACCAUGGACGAUGGCCAGACGCGCUUUGCGGAUCUCAUCCAGCUGGUGGAGUUUCACCAAAUCAACCGGGGCAUCCUGCCCUGCAAGCUCAGACAUUACUGCACCUGCGUCGCCUUGUGAUAGGCCCCCGGUGGGUGGCAGGGCUCUGCGACGGGCCACGGCCAACGUGCCGCCAGCAGGACUAGGAUCAACUCAAACUUCUGCCCCUCGCCCCACUUCGGCCAGGACAGCGACGGCUGCGGGGGACAGACCUGGCUCGUGCUCCACCCACUGCUGGGGUGUCAGUCACCACUCAGCCCCGUCAAUGAGCACCGGCCGGGUGAGAGGCCGGGAUGGUACCCCCGGCGCCCAAGGAGCCCGAAGGACCGAAAAUCACCGUUCCAAAGGGAGUCCUCGCCCCUGUGCUUCCACCAGCUCACAGCCUCGGAUCACUGCUGCCCCUCCCCCUGUACCCC